AAAGUUAGCCAUGGAAAUAUUAAAGUUUUUAAUUUUCUUGUUGUGGAUGCGUGAUUCCAGAGCAGGACAGUUACUGUACAGUGCACAGAAUGAGCAGACAGAAGAUGCCGUAGUGGUGACUUCAUGUGACUUUAACCAAGACAGUGACCCAUUCUGCGAUUUCAUCCAGGAUAACACAGACAACAGUGACUGGACCCGGCACAGUGGUCCAACUCCCACACCUGGCACUGGUCCCAGUGGGGACUACCCUGAUGGAGAGGGAUACUACAUCUAUCACGAGGGUGACAAUGUGUCUAAUAGACAGAAAGCUCGCUUGCUGAGCCCUCCCAUCACCUCAUCAGCCUCACAGAUCUGUGUUCAGUUCAAAUACUACAUGUAUGGGAUUGACAAUGCAAAUAAUUUGACAAUUCUGGCAAAAAUACCUGGUAGUGAGGCAGAGGUGUGGAAGAGGACUGGUAUCCAGAGUCCAACCUGGUUGACUGGCUCUGUUACCGUAUCGAAAUCGAGCAGCCAGAGCAUUACCAUCGUCUUUGAGGCUCAGAGAGGCUUCUCUUCUUCCUGUGAUUCAGCUUUGGACAACAUCGUCAUCACUGAAGGAGCAUGUCCCUCCUGUAUUUUUGGCUGUGAUUUUGACACUAUCGAUGACCUCUGUGGAUGGACGACUCAAAUUGAGGAUCCCGAUAUGUUUGGCUUCAGUCAGUGGACAGGAGCAACUGAGACUGAAGGCACUGGACCUGAUGAUGACUUUUCAAAACCUGGUUUUGGACACUACCUGUUGUUGGAUUCUUUCGACGCUAUACCUGGAGCCAGUGCUCACAUCACAAGUCCUUUAACAACUCCCUCCUCCUCUGGAUGUCUCGAGCUUACCUUCCACUACUACCUGUAUGGCACUAGUACUACUAUGCAGAUCAGUGUCCACACGAUCACCACAGAUGAAACCCUCGGACCUGCUCUCUUCACUGUAACGGGGAACCAGGGACAAGGCUGGAAGCCGGCAAGCGUCCGCUAUCUGGGAAGUAGUGCUAUUAAGUUUGCGAUUGUGUGUACCUAUGGAGAAACGCCUAAGACAGAUAUUGCUAUCGAUGCUGUUUGUAUCAUGACCUGCACAGGUCAGCCUGUUACACCCAAACCACCAACUCCUGCUUCAACUACACCCAAAACAACUACACCUAACCCACCAACUCCUGAACAAACUACACCCAAAACAACUACACCCAAACCACCAACUCCUGAACAAACUACACCCAAAACAACUACACCUAACCCACCAACUCCUGCUUCAACUACACCCAAAACAACUACACCUAACCCACCAACUCCUGAACAAACUACACCCAAAACAACUACACCUAACCCACCAACUCCUGAACAAACUACACCCAAAACAACUACACCCAAACCACCGACUCCUGAACAAACUACACCUAAACCACCAAACCCCUGUCCUCCUAACGCAGAGUAUAUAGAGUGCGGUCCAGCUUGUAUACCCACCUGUAUGGAACCCUCCACCAAUUGCUCCGGCUCCUGUAUCAGCGCCUGCUUCUGCAAACCAGGCUUUGUUUUUAAGGGACGGCGUUGUGUACCACUGGAGAGUUGUGGCUGUUUAGACGAUGAGAAUAACUAUUAUGAGCCUGGUGAGAUUGUAUUUGGAGACGGCUGCACAAAGCUGUGUCGCUGUGCAGGGAACUACACUUUGGAAUGUGUUGAUAACUCCUGUGACCCCACUGAAGAGUGUCGAGAGGUUAAUGGUGUUGCAGGCUGUUAUCCCAAAGGUACAUCCACGUGCAUAGCAUCUGGCGAUCCACACUACACCAGCUUUGACAAACGCAAAUAUGACUUCAUGGGCAACUGCAGCUAUCUGAUGUCUAGUCCAUGCAAUGACACAACUGUGCCCUACUUUGAGGUCCAUACUGACAAUGAAAACCGGUAUAACAGGCCGACCAUCUCCUAUGUGAAGGCCGUACAUGUAUACGCACAGAUGGUAAAGAUCUCCAUUCUCAAAGGUGGCACUGUGCAGGUUAAUGGGACCAAUGUCAAUCUGCCACUCUCGCCGGCCCCUGGUAUUUCUGUGUUCAAGUCAGGAAAACACUACACCGUCUCCAUGAACUUUGGUGUGACGGUUCGCUAUGAUGGAAACACCUUCAUGGACAUCAAAGUGAUCAAAGACUAUCAGAACAAGCUGUGUGGCCUGUGUGGCAACUAUGAUGGAGAUACUAAAGAUGACUUCCGCAAACCAGAUGGAAGCUUAGCUGAAAAUGCCAAUGACUUUGGACACAGUUGGAACAUGAAUCCAGAAUGUAAUAAGAAACCCAACACUACCAUCCCUGGGUGCAAUGAAGAAGAACAGGAACUGUAUGAAAGCUCUGGAUAUUGUGGCAUUCUGCUGGACAAAAAUGGACCUUUUGCUGUGUGCCAUCGCAAAGUCAACCCCAAUAAUUACUUCAGGGACUGUGUCUUUGACUUGUGUGAGCUGGAUGGAGCCAAGCCCAUUUUGUGUGAAGCCAUUGAAGCCUAUGUCAAUGAAUGCCAAGAUCGUGGGGUCAACCUUGGACCAUGGAGGAAUGAAACCUUCUGCCCACUGAACUGCCCCCCAAACAGCCACUACGAACCCUGUGCAGAUCCUUGUCAGGAAACAUGCUUUGGAAAACCCCCCUCCUGCUCUGGUCCCUGCUCUGAGUCCUGUGUGUGUGAUCCCAGCUAUGUCCUGAGUGCUGGCAAGUGCGUUAAGGAGAACAUGUGUGGCUGCAACCACACGAACGGCCAGUAUUAUGAGCCCGGAGAGGAGUUUUUUGAGGAAGACUGCAAGCGAAAAUGUUGGUGUGGUGCAGCUGGAAUUACCUGUGAAGCCUCUGAAUGCCCCCCAAUGCAUGAAUGUAAACUUCAGGAUGGAGAGCUGGGCUGCUAUCCUACAAGCUUCCAGGAUUGUGUAGUUUCUGGGGAUCCACACUACAACACCUUUGACAAGAAGUACUACACCUUCAUGGGAACCUGUACUUACACACUGGCCAGAACCUGUAGGAACAGCACAGGCCCUUGGUUCUCUGUGGAGGCAAAGAAUGAAGAGAGAGGAGUUGCAGGAGUGUCAUACCUGAGGAAGCUAUAUGUGACAGUGGAUGGAAUUACUGUGACCCUGAUGAAGAGCAGUACGACACUGGUGAACGGAGUACGGGUGGCUCUGCCCCACUCCCCCUCUCCUCUCAUGUCUAUUAGUCUUGCUGGUCAGUUCAUCACCCUUCAAACAUCCUUUGGCCUGAGGGUGCGUUGGGAUGGAAACCAUUAUGCCCAGAUCUCAGUCCCCAGCUCCUACUAUGACCAAAUGUGUGGCCUCUGUGGUGACUAUGAUGGGAACCCAGACAAUGACUUCACUAAACCAGAUGGCACUGUGGCAGUAAAUAUCAAUGACUUUGGGAACAGCUGGCAGACCGAAGAGGAUGAAGAUGACUCAUGUACCCCAGGAACAAAGCCUGAUCCAGACUGUGACCCCAACUUGGAAACUGAAGUUGUAAAACCAGAGAAAUGUGGUAAAAUUACAGAUCCUACUGGACCCUUCCGGGAGUGUAUCAGUGUAGUUAAUCCCACUCCAUUCUUCCAAAGCUGUGUGUUUGACAUGUGUCAGUUCAAUGGCCAGCAGCACGUGCUGUGUGACCAGCUCCAGGCCUACACUGACGCAUGUCAUAGUGCUGGAGCCAAAGUCUACCCAUGGAGGACUCCAGACUUCUGCCCUCUGACCUGUCCUCCCAACAGCUCCUACUCCCUUUGUGUGAGUUCAUGUCCUGAGACAUGUCUUGGUGUGGUGGGACCACCUGGCUGUGAGGAAGUGUGUGUGGAGGGUUGUGAGUGUAACCCUGGCUUCAUUCUCAGUGAUGACAAAUGUGUGGAACUGAGAGACUGUGGUUGUGUGGACCCCAGUGGAACCUAUCACCCUGUGGGCGAUGACUGGUACUUGGAGGGUUGUGAACAAAAGUGUACGUGUCACAGUGGAGGUCUGCUACAGUGUCAUAACACCAGCUGUAACCCAAGUACUGAGAGCUGCCAACUACAAGAUGGAGAAUAUGAAUGCCACCCUCUGGACCUGUGUCCUCCUAACGCAGAGUAUAUAGAGUGCGGUCCAGCUUGCAUUCCUACAUGUAUGGAACCCUCUACCAACUGUUCUGGCUCCUGCAUCACUGGGUGUUUCUGCAAACCAGGCUUUGUCUUCAAAGGACGGCACUGCGUGCCAUUGGACAAAUGUGGUUGUUUAGAUGACAACAAUAACUAUUAUGAGCCUGGUGAGAUUGUAUUUGGAGACGGCUGCACAAAGCUGUGUCGCUGUGCAGGGAACUACACUUUGGAAUGUGUUGAUAACUCCUGUGACCCCACUGAAGAGUGUCGAGAGGUUAAUGGUGUUGCAGGCUGUUAUCCUAAAGGUACAUCCACGUGCAUAGCAUCUGGCGAUCCACACUACACCAGCUUUGACAAACGCAAAUAUGACUUCAUGGGCAACUGCAGCUAUCUGAUGUCUAGUCCAUGCAAUGACACAACUGUGCCCUACUUUGAGGUCCAUACUGACAAUGAAAACCGGUAUAACAGGCCGACCAUCUCCUAUGUGAAGGCCGUACAUGUAUACGCACAGAUGGUAAAGAUCUCCAUUCUCAAAGGUGGCACUGUGCAGGUUAAUGGGACCAAUGUCAAUCUGCCACUGGCCCCGGCCCCUGGUAUUUCUGUGUUCAAGUCAGGAAAACACUACACUGUCUCCAUGAACUUUGGUGUGACGGUUCGCUAUGAUGGAAACACCUUCAUGGACAUUAAAGUGAUCAAAGACUAUCAGAACAAGCUUUGUGGCCUGUGUGGCAACUAUGAUGGAGAUACUAAAGAUGACUUCCGCAAACCAGAUGGAAGCUUAGCUGAAAAUGCCAAUGACUUUGGACACAGUUGGAACAUGAAUCCAGAAUGUAAUAAGAAACCCAACACUACCAUCCCUGGGUGCAAUGAAGAAGAACAGGAACUGUAUGAAAGCUCUGGAUAUUGUGGCAUUCUGCUGGACAAAAAUGGACCUUUUGCUGUGUGCCAUCGCAAAGUCAACCCCAAUAAUUACUUCAGGGACUGUGUCUUUGACUUGUGUGAGCUGGAUGGAACCAAGCCCAUUUUGUGUGAAGCCAUUGAAGCCUAUGUCAAUGAAUGCCAAGAUCGUGGGGUCAACCUUGGACCAUGGAGGAAUGAAACCUUCUGCUCACCGAACUGCCCCCCAAACAGCCACUACGAACCCUGUGCAGAUCCUUGUCAGGAAACAUGCUUUGGAAAACCCCCCUCCUGCUCUGGUCCCUGCUCUGAGUCCUGUGUGUGUGAUCCCAGCUACGUCCUGAGUGCUGGCAAGUGCGUUAAGGAGAACAUGUGUGGCUGCAACCACACGAACGGCCAGUAUUAUGAGCCCGGAGAGGAGUUUUUUGAGGAAGACUGCAAGCGAAAAUGUUGGUGUGGUGCAGCUGGAAUUACCUGUGAAGCCUCUGAAUGCCCCCCAAUGCAUGAAUGUAAACUUCAGGAUGGAGAGCUGGGCUGCUAUCCUACAAGCUUCCAGGAUUGUGUAGUUUCUGGGGAUCCACACUACAACACCUUUGACAAGAAGUACUACACCUUCAUGGGAACCUGUACUUACACACUGGCCAGAACCUGUAGGAACAGCACAGGCCCUUGGUUCUCUGUGGAGGCAAAGAAUGAAGAGAGAGGAGUUGCAGGAGUGUCAUACCUGAGGAAGCUAUAUGUGACAGUGGAUGGAAUUACUGUGACCCUGAUGAAGAGCAGUAGAACACUGGUGAACGGAGUACGGGUGGCUCUGCCCCACUCCCCCUCUCCUCUCAUGUCUAUUAGUCUUGCUGGUCAGUUCAUCACCCUUCAAACAUCCUUUGGCCUGAGAGUGCGUUGGGAUGGAAACCAUUAUGCCCAGAUCUCAGUUCCCAGCUCCUACUAUGACCAAAUGUGUGGCCUUUGUGGUGACUAUGAUGGGAACCCAGACAAUGACUUCACUAAACCAGAUGGCACUGUGGCAGUAAAUAUCAAUGACUUUGGGAACAGCUGGCAGACCGAAGAGGAUGAAGAUGACUCAUGUACCCCAGGAACAAAGCCUGAUCCAGACUGUGACCCCAACUUGGAAACUGAAGUUGUAAAACCAGAGAAAUGUGGUAAAAUUACAGAUCCUACUGGACCCUUCCGGGAGUGUAUCAGUGUAGUUAAUCCCACUCCAUUCUUCCAAAGCUGUGUGUUUGACAUGUGUCAGUUCAAUGGCCAGCAGCACGUGCUGUGUGACCAGCUCCAGGCCUACACUGACGCAUGUCAUAGUGCUGGAGCCAAAGUCUACCAAUGGAGGACUCCAGACUUCUGCCCUCUGACCUGUCCUCCCAACAGCUCCUACUCCCUUUGUGUGAGUUCAUGUCCUGAGACAUGUCUUGGUGUGGUGGGACCACCUGGCUGUGAGGAAGUGUGUGUGGAGGGUUGUGAGUGUAACCCUGGCUUCAUUCUCAGUGAUGACAAAUGUGUGGAACUGAGAGACUGUGGUUGUGUGGACCCCAGUGGAACCUAUCACCCUGUGGGCGAUGACUGGUACUUGGAGGGUUGUGAACAAAAGUGUACGUGCCACAGUGGAGGUCUGCUACAGUGUCAUAACACCAGCUGUAACCCAAGUACUGAGAGCUGCAAACUACAAGAUGGAGAAUAUGAAUGCCACCCUCUGGACCUGUGUCCACCUAACGCAGAGUAUAUAGAGUGCGGUCCGGCUUGCAUUCCUACAUGUAUGGAACCCUCUACCAACUGUUCUGGCUCCUGCAUCACUGGGUGUUUCUGCAAACCAGGCUUUGUCUUCAAAGGACGGCACUGCGUGCCAUUGGACAAAUGUGGUUGUUUAGAUGACAACAAUAACUAUUAUGAGCCUGGUGAGAUUGUAUUUGGAGACGGCUGCACAAAGCUGUGUCGCUGUGCAGGGAACUACACUUUGGAAUGUGUUGAUAACUCCUGUGACCCCACUGAAGAGUGUCGAGAGGUUAAUGGUGUUGCAGGCUGCUAUCCUAAAGGUACAUCCACGUGCGUCGCAUCUGCCGAUCCACACUACACCAGCUUUGACAAACGCAAAUAUGACUUCAUGGGCAACUGCAGCUAUCUGAUGUCUAGUCCAUGCAAUGACACAACUGUGCCCUACUUUGAGGUCCAUACUGACAAUGAAAACCGGUAUAACAGGCCGACCAUCUCCUAUGUGAAGGCCGUACAUGUAUACGCACAGAUGGUAAAGAUCUCCAUUCUCAAAGGUGGCACUGUGCAGGUUAAUGGGACCAAUGUCAAUCUGCCACUGGCCCCGGCCCCUGGUAUUUCUGUGUUCAAGUCAGGAAAACACUACACUGUCUCCAUGAACUUUGGUGUGACGGUUCGCUAUGAUGGAAACACCUUCAUGGACAUCAAAGUGAUCAAAGACUAUCAGAACAAGCUGUGUGGCCUGUGUGGCAACUAUGAUGGAGAUACUAAAGAUGACUUCCGCAAACCAGAUGGAAGCUUAGCUGAAAAUGCCAAUGACUUUGGACACAGUUGGAACAUGAAUCCAGAAUGUAAUAAGAAGCCCAACACUACCAUCCCUGGGUGCAAUGAAGAAGAACAGGAACUGUAUGAAAGCUCUGGAUAUUGUGGCAUUCUGCUGGACAAAAAUGGACCUUUUGCUGUGUGCCAUCGCAAAGUCAACCCCAAUAAUUACUUCAGGGACUGUGUCUUUGACUUGUGUGAGCUGGAUGGAGCCAAGCCCAUUUUGUGUGAAGCCAUUGAAGCCUAUGUCAAUGAAUGCCAAGAUCGUGGGGUCAACCUUGGACCAUGGAGGAAUGAAACCUUCUGCCCACUGAACUGCCCCCCAAACAGCCACUACGAACCCUGUGCAGAUCCUUGUCAGGAAACAUGCUUUGGAAAACCCCCCUCCUGCUCUGGUCCCUGCUCUGAGUCCUGUGUGUGUGAUCCCAGCUACGUCCUGAGUGCUGGCAAGUGCGUUAAGGAGAACAUGUGUGGCUGCAACCACACGAACGGCCAGUAUUAUGAGCCCGGAGAGGAGUUUUUUGAGGAAGACUGCAAGCGAAAAUGUUGGUGUGGUGCAGCUGGAAUUACCUGUGAAGCCUCUGAAUGCCCCCCAAUGCAUGAAUGUAAACUUCAGGAUGGAGAGCUGGGCUGCUAUCCUACAAGCUUCCAGGAUUGUGUAGUUUCUGGGGAUCCACACUACAACACCUUUGACAAGAAGUACUACACCUUCAUGGGAACCUGUACUUACACACUGGCCAGAACCUGUAGGAACAGCACAGGCCCUUGGUUCUCUGUGGAGGCAAAGAAUGAAGAGAGAGGAGUUGCAGGAGUGUCAUACCUGAGGAAGCUAUAUGUGACAGUGGAUGGAAUUACUGUGACCCUGAUGAAGACAAGUACGACACUGGUGAACGGAGUACGGGUGGCUCUGCCCCACUCCCCCUCUCCUCUCAUGUCUAUUAGUCUUGCUGGUCAGUUCAUCACCCUUCAAACAUCCUUUGGCCUGAGGGUGCGUUGGGAUGGAAACCAUUAUGCCCAGAUCUCAGUUCCCAGCUCCUACUAUGACCAAAUGUGUGGCCUUUGUGGUGACUAUGAUGGGAACCCAGACAAUGACUUCACCAAACCAGAUGGCACUGUGGCAGGAAAUAGUAAUGACUUUGGGAACAGCUGGCAGACUGAAGAGGAUGAAGAUGACUCAUGUACCCCGGGAACAAAGCCUGAUCCAGACUGUGACCCCAACUUGGAAGCUGAAGUUGUAAAACCAGAGAAAUGUGGUAAAAUUACAGACCAUACUGGACCCUUCCGGGAGUGCAUCAGUGUAGUUAAUCCCACUCCAUUCUUCCAAAGCUGUGUGUUUGACAUGUGUCAGUUCAAUGGCCAGCAGCACGUGCUGUGUGACCAGCUCCAGGCCUACACUGACGCAUGUCAUAGUGCUGGAGCCAAAGUCUACCCAUGGAGGACUCCAGACUUCUGCUCUCUCACCUGUCCUCCCAACAGCUCCUACUCCCUUUGUGUGAGUUCAUGUCCUGAGACAUGUCUUGGUGUGGUGGGACCACCUGGCUGUGAGGAAGUGUGUGUGGAGGGUUGUGAGUGUAACCCUGGCUUCAUUCUCAGUGAUGACAAAUGUGUGGAACUGAGAGACUGUGGUUGUGUGGACCCCAGUGGAACCUAUCACCCUGUGGGCGAUGACUGGUACUUGGAGGGUUGUGAACAAAAGUGUACGUGCCACAGUGGAGGUCUGCUACAGUGUCAUAACACCAGCUGUAACCCAACUACUGAGAGCUGCAAACUACAAGAUGGAGAAUAUGAAUGCCACCCUCUGGACCUGUGUCCACCUAACGCAGAGUAUAUAGAGUGCGGUCCAGCUUGCAUUCCUACAUGUAUGGAACCCUCUACCAACUGUUCUGGCUCCUGCAUCACUGGGUGUUUCUGCAAACCAGGCUUUGUCUUCAAAGGACGGCACUGCGUGCCAUUGGACAAAUGUGGUUGUUUAGAUGACAACAAUAACUAUUAUGAGCCUGGUGAGAUUGUAUUUGGAGACGGCUGCACAAAGUUGUGUCGCUGUGCAGGGAACUACACUUUGGAAUGUGUUGAUAACUCCUGUGACCCCACUGAAGAGUGUCGAGAGGUUAAUGGUGUUGCAGGCUGCUAUCCUAAAGGUACAUCCACGUGCGUCGCAUCUGGUGAUCCACACUACACCAGCUUUGACAAACGCAAAUAUGACUUCAUGGGCAACUGCAGCUAUCUGAUGUCUAGUCCAUGCAAUGACACAACUGUGCCCUACUUUGAGGUCCAUACUGACAAUGAUAACCGGUAUAACAGGCCGACCAUCUCCUAUGUGAAGGCCGUACAUGUAUACGCACAGAUGGUAAAGAUCUCCAUUCUCAAAGGUGGCACUGUGCAGGUUAAUGGGACCAAUGUCAAUCUGCCACUGUCCCCGGCCCCUGGUAUUUCUGUGUUCAAGUCAGGAAAACACUACACUGUCUCCAUGAACUUUGGUGUGACGGUUCGCUAUGAUGGAAACACCUUCAUGGACAUCAAAGUGAUCGAAGACUAUCAGAACAAGCUGUGUGGCCUGUGUGGCAACUAUGAUGGAGAUACUAAAGAUGACUUCCGCAAACCAGAUGGAAGCUUAGCUGAAAAUGCCAAUGACUUUGGACACAGUUGGAACAUGAAUCCAGAAUGCAAUAAGAAACCCAACACUACCAUCCCUGGGUGCAAUAAAGAAGAACAGGAACUGUAUGAAAGCUCUGGAUAUUGUGGCAUUCUGCUGGACAAAAAUGGACCUUUUGCUGUGUGCCAUCGCAAAGUCAACCCCAAUAAUUACUUCAGGGACUGUGUCUUUGACUUGUGUGAGCUGGAUGGAGCCAAGCCCAUUUUGUGUGAAGCCAUUGAAGCCUAUGUCAAUGAAUGCCAAGAUCGUGGGGUCAACCUUGGACCAUGGAGGAAUGAAACCUUCUGCCCACUGAACUGCCCCCCAAACAGCCACUACGAACCCUGUGCAGAUCCUUGUCAGGAAACAUGCUUUGGAAAACCCCCUCCUGCUCUGGUCCCUGCUCUGAGUCCUCCUGGAGAGGAGUUUUUUGAGGAAGACUGCAAGCGAAAUGUUGGUGUGGUGCAGCUGGAAUUACCUGUGAAGCCUCUGAAUGCCCCCCAAUGCAUGAAUGUAAACUUCAGGAUGGAGAGCUGGGCUGCUAUCCUACGAGUAUGCUUCCAGGAUUGUGUAGUUUCUGGGGAUCCACACUACAACACCUUUGACAAGAAGUACUACACCUUCAUGGGAACCUGUACUUACACACUGGCCAGAACCUGUAGGAACAGCACAGGCCCUUGGUUCUCUGUGGAGGCAAAGAAUGAAGAGAGAGGAGUUGCAGGAGUGUCAUACCUGAGGAAGCUAUAUGUGACAGUGGAUGGAAUUACUGUGACCCUGAUGAAGAGCAGUACAACACUGGUCAGUGUAUGA